AUGGAUAUAAAUAUCCAUUAUACAAGCAAACAACAGGAUUCUCUAUUGGAGUUAGUAACAGAUCUACAAUUGCACUGCCUUAUUGUUUUGCUUGGCACAUUUAGCCAAGCAUUUAUUAUUGAUUACGGAUCUGAAACUGUGUGA